AUCUCGCAGUCAAUAAACCGAGUCCAUCUUUUCAACUGUGAUAACACAUAUAAGUUGGAGCCUGUCGAGCACUUACUGAAUAAAAUAGCAGAACUCGAUGGCCACCAUAUGUGUGUGGUGAAGCACUCAUUUAAACUUGCCAAAAUGUCUGAAAUAGUUGACAAAAUUUCAACUUUGGCGAUGGAUAUGGCUGUUUUUGUUGUCCAUGCACAUGAAUCUUGGCCGUCAAGCAACGAGGACAACCGUGGAAUCGGUUUCACCAAGAUAUACAGAGCUCUACUACAAGCAACGGGUAAGAAAAAGAAGCACUUUCACUCUGUAGAUUUCCCCCUACUAAAAUUUGCUGGAGUUUAUGUGAUAAUAAGUACUGUAUUCUUUCGCGGUUUUCCUAAAGAAAGAGAUAAGCGAAAUGUAAUGCAAAAUUUUGGACAUUAUCUACCAUCUAAGCUCCAUCAGGCAAUAGACUGAAAGUGAAGAUAACUGUCGCUCGUCUUACGGAUGGAAAAAGUGGAAACCGCGCCAAUUUUUUUUGGCGGCCGCGCACAAUAUUUUCCCGCUUACUCGAAUCUUAUAUACUAGCGUUUGACGUAAAUUUUUAGCGAGAAGCUCAGCCCUGAUAAAACACGUUGUCUGCGCUGAAGGAAACGGUGACACAGCUUCCGAACAUACGUCCCAAUAUCAUAGUUAGUAGUGGGACUACUGAUUAUAAUCGUGAAAUUUCUUAGUUUAAUUUCGAGAUACCUGGGUUCUCGUUCAAGUUGAUUAUUGGUCAGCUAACACCACCUAUCGACUACCAAUCGAGGUGUAUCACCAGCCGAAGAAAAGCCACGGUAAGUAAUUAGUGUGCACCCAGAAUCUUCGCUGAAAAAAAAAAAAACCUACCAGGCUAGAAUGUUUAUUCGGCUUCGAGGUUCUAUUGACUUUUGUCGGCGGUAUCACAAGCGCAUCGUAAUUUUAACGUUUACACCUUAGCUAUAAAAACAUCGUUGGUAGUUUCGUACAAAGCAAUCUUCUCUCUUUUCAUAUACACAGUUUUCCGCUAUUAGAUACACUCAAGUCACGCUUGAAUUUGAGUGUCAUGUCACGCAUUUCACUUUAUAAGUGACGUUUAAAACAGCACAGCUUCAGCGCUGGAUCAUUUUUUAAAUAACAUGUUUGCAUUUUAUGAGGGUCCCCAAAACAAUUCUUUAAUCCCGCGAUCCCGACAGUUUAUACCGGCCAAUCCCGAUCCCGAUCUAACAAUUCUGUUUUAGUCCAUUUCCUAAACUUAUGAGGGCCUUUUUGUUGGGGGAUUAUUUUCUCAACCAGCAUUUAUCCGUAGAAGUCUACGGUCAGUAAGUUUAUCUCUCUUCAUCAAAAUGAUGAUAUCGUUCAUUUUUGAAGUUUUCAAAGUUUUGCUCGAAUAAAGUACGCUAGUCACGGUGAUGACUUCCUUUCAUUAAACUUCGAUCACGGACAAACAUAUGGGUACAGACAUGUCAGUAUCAAAGAAGCGAAUAACAAUUUCAACAAGUGCACGAAACACAAAAGUUUACGGCAAUCCCAUGGUUCCAUAACAACGGAGAUUAAGAAAAAUUAACUCAACACAAUUCCGCUGUUGAAUCGAAUACUUCUUUCGAGUUAAAAUCAGCCUCUCGUUCCAAAGAUGGAAAGUCGUCAUCAUCACUCGGGGAAUCAUACUCUAAUAUUCCAUCUUCCUCUUCGUCUCGUUUCCCGCUAUUUUCUUGCUGCUCCUCGAAGUCAGAGCGUUCGAGGCUGACCGGUUCGACUGGCUGAAUUUCUCUCUAAUAGAAGUACGACGAGGACGUUCCAGCUCUUGCCAUCGUUGUUUUCUGUCUGACGGUAUAAUUCUGAGACUUUCUGUAGGUUUAAUUUUCAUUCCCGCGCAAUAACUGAAGAGUGUCGCCGAGCAUCCCGACCGCCUCUUGAAUGCUAGAGAGUCUGUGCACCUGGUGCUUUUCAUGGACUCUGAGAAGAUGAAUUUCUUCAUAAAUUCUCGUCAACGGACAUCUCGGUUCUUGGUUCGUUUAAGUGAUUAUUUCCCGAAUCCCGCUCCUCAAAAUCGUCGAUUCCUGUGUCCCCUUCAAUAUUGGAAUCCUGCAUCUCGCUCCCUUCUUACUUUAAAUUCCCGGUUCCCGGCUUUAAAUAAGUCCAAUCCCGGAUCACGAAAAACCUAUUGGAGACUCUCUUUUAUAGCGAAAUGGCAUAAUUGUUCUUUCACAUAGGCGAUGCAUUGAUUCAUUAAGUCCGCACAAGUGCAAAUUACAGAAUUACCUUUUUGGAUUUGCAAUUCACAAAUUACGAAUUUCCUUGGCAAAUUAUCGAUUUAAGUUAAUCUCGCAAGUGACAUUUUUUCAUUCCGUUUUGUUUCGCAUAAUUACAGUGAGCCUUUAUGACAAAACGACUUCUAUAUUUCACAAUGACUCGUGAGAGCAUGAAAUCUCUUUCCAAUUUCUGAAACAGUCAAAGUUGAUAAUUGUCUGCUAAUUGCAAGCCAGAUCAAAAUGUUAUGCGAAAAAAGGAAAAAAAUGGUCAGUCGAAAAACCGCUCAAAAUAAUUUAAAUGAUCCAUUAAAAACUAUUAAUCAAUAACACUUACUAAUACAACUACCUUCCACCCCUCCCUGCGUACUAAUAGUUCGUCUUCCACCCCUCCCUCAGUAGCAAGUCUACCUCCCACCCCUCCCUGAGUACCGGUAAAUUGCGUCCCACCCCUUCCUAAGUACUAAUGGUCUGCCUCUUCCCCUGAUUAAUUGGUCCAAAAAUUGGUCAAAUAAUCGACGAAAAAAAAGUCCAAAAAAUAGUCCAAUAGUCCAAAGGCCUAAUGGUCCCGUCCAUAUUUUACCCUGUGCCGCCUUAUUUCCACGAGCCCAAAUAAAAUUUACAGAAAUAAUAAAUAAAUGUGACUCCAAAGACGUCUUACGGGCCCUUGCAUAAACACUUCGUUAAUCAAACAGCAAAAAUCAUGUCCCUUUCGUGCAAUACGGAUUAAACAUGUAUCAAUCAAUUUAAUAUUAAUGUCAAUGCUUGGGAUCAGGUUGCCUCGUGUAUCCGAGCCAGAGGCUCGUGUAUACGACGUAGGACAGUAAGCAACAUAAAAUUAAAAAACAAAAAAAACAAAAACAAAAAAAUAAAAAACUAAACCUACAAAAAGAAAUGCUUUACUUAGAACUAUCGGUAGGGCGAUAACACCAGGUGCUCAAUCAAAGGGGUGCAUUGUUCCAUAUUUUACAUCUGGCAUUAGAUUGAGUGUGUCUGACAUGGGAGAUACAAACAUACCGGCCAAAAAAAAAAGACAUCGGAAAUUGCAUAUCACGUGUGAAAUUAUGUACUGUUACGCCUCUUUACAUUUGAAUCUACUUUAUUAUCAGGUGGAAAUGUCAUCAUCGUUAUCGGGGGAGAUAAUAAAUACGAGGGCUUCGACGAAGAGGAACGUGGGGUUAUUUCACUUUGGGCGAAAAGGAAAGUUUCCUCACAGUUCAGCGAAGAGUGUCUCGAUGGCAGAAACAGCUUCAUCUUUUCUUGGAACAGACAACAUCGAGAAAUUCACGAACAAGCUUUACUACAUCACUUUGACUCAAGGAAGAAAGGACAAAAGUUCGAAUAUCAACCAGAUCAGCGAAAGGAACAACCAAAGGCAGCAACACCGCCGCCAUCAAGAUUGAAAUAGGUAAUACCUCCGUUUUCUUUGUCAGGCAAACGACAAUAUGAGUCAGAGCUGUCACUUAAACCAGAAAGUUCCUUGCGUCACUAUGAAGCUGUAACUGGAGCAAGGGAGAUCAAAGAAUGGAAAACUCUUGAUAGUAGAGCCGAGGGCAGCAAUAUUUCGAGGAAGAAGGCAAGCACAACAACCGCUAAUAAUCAAGGAGCCGGGUCUGAGGAAAUUAUUCGUCCACCUAUCGGAGAAACCAUAGGUUAGAAUAAAAUCUUAAAAACAGAUUUAAAGGAAAAUAUUUAGGCACCUUUCCCACCUAUGCGUCAAUCAAUCGGAAGCUUCAACAUCCAGGAAGCCUCCUGUGGAUUUAAACUUUUGAAGAUUGGUAUGUUCAAAUUCCUGUUUUGAAGAUUCCUUUUGAAGAUUGGUAUGUUCAAAUUCCUGUUCCGGGCCCAAAAUUAUUUCCAAAUGCCCUCCCCAAGUGGCGGAAUUGAUGGUGAAUUUUUUUUUUGUAAAAGGCGGAAUCAGCGACCGCGACUUUCUACUCAUUUACCAAGCUUAAAAAACUAGACCUUGCAGACUUUUCCUUCUCUCCCUAUUUUUAAAAAAAUAAAAACUUUUAUUCCUGUUGAAAUUCCCCAUCCCAGCCAAAAAUGUUCAAAUUCCCCACCCCGGAUAAGGAUGACAGUCAAAUUACCGCGGGUUGCCCAGGGGGUAAUGUUGAAGCUCCGAAUUAAUCUGCGCACUACCUGAAAGGUGAUAAAGCCGACGAAAGCACAAUUCCUCGGUAACUCUUGUCAUUUUGCCCACUUGAAGUCUCCAAGGUAUGUAGAUUUGAGAAGGUAGUAGGAAGUGAACUGCUAAACUUCUACCUUUGCUAGGGGCAUGGCCAAAUGGUGUCUUUUUAAGUGCUGAGGUCAAUUGCCCAUAUGUUUCAACUCUUUGAUUCAUAUCGGAAACUUUAUGAAGAUUUUCACCGAGAAAAUUUUUGCUAAUCGUUUACCCAUGAAAACUAUUAGCGUCUUGUUUCAGCUAAUUCUUAAUUACAAUUUCUGGUUUGCAGAAUUUUUCUUGUGGGAGUUUCUUUGUCGCUGUGUCGGCUUCUUAUUUAUCGACAGAAGGAAGUCUGUUGAACUUGGUUCCAACGCACUGACCGCUAUUAUUUGGCAGUCAUGCACACACGGUUGAAGGAGAAUCAUGCUCCGAAAACCAUCUAAUUUUCAUCUUUACCAUCGACAGUAUCCUAACUUAAAACAAUUGUCUUCAAAUGAGCUUAUAGUUGAUUAUGGACGCUUGCCAUUUUUUAACCUUGCCCAACAACCUGGCCGACCACCUUUCUCGGUUCCAAGUUUCGAUUCUCUUCUUUUCAUCUCAUGGAGAUCUGUUCGAUUAAUCAAGAGCCACACGAAAAUAAAUUAUUAAAAAAAUUGUUUUUUCGUGGUGGUUUUCCGUGUGUGGCCAGCUAACUUUGUUAGUUUCAAAAUGACGGCGUUCAUGUUCGAGUUUUAAGCACAUUUAGCCAGGUUGAGUUACUCAUUGGGAUCUCAAUAUGCAUACUUCUUCCUCAAGAUAAUCUUUAAGUGUACGACUUUCCGUCUCUCACUCUUUAGAAUUGUCGAUUCUUGGCUGUAAUGUGUCAUGUGAGUCUGUGGAUGAUGCGAAAAAAGUUUUUGCAAGAGUUCUUCCCAGCCUUCACUUGUCAAAGGAUCCUUUCGUUGGCAACCUUCCAAUCAACAAAGUUGAAGAAUAUUUGAGGGACUAUCACUUCAGAUUCUCUGUGUUGGUGGUGGACGGUUAUACCGUGAGGGAUGGUUGUGAUGAUCAAAGAUCAAAGGAAUUACAGCGACUUGUAAGACUUGCAGUGGAUAAAGUCGGUAAGUUUUCAAAUUGAACUGAUAAGUUAAUCUCAUAAAAAUCCUUCAUACCACGUUUUUUUCUCAUUACCAUAUUUUUGACCCCCUGAAUUAUUUCGUUGUCGAUAAUUUAGUUACUUUUCGAUGCAUUUAAUCAGAAAUAUUGACUCUUCGUCUGACAAAAAGACAAUCUUACCGCUGAAUGCUUGAGUUGAUUAAUCAUUUUCUCGGAGAGCGGGUAGGGGAGGUCUAGGAAAAGGAUAAUCAUCCUACUGUAGUUUUAUGUAGUUUACAAAAAGUGCAUAGUGGUUACAUCAGACCGUGAGCAGCUAUUCUUCUUUUGUACUGAGAUAAUUUUUUCGUAAAGGUAGAUCACCUUUAUGCAUUCACUGAAUUGCUAUAAACACAGGCAUAGCAACAAUAUUUAAGGUAGCUCUAAGCCCCCUCCAGACUAUAGAACCUGAAUCGGCCAUGGUUCUUCGAAACACGACUAACACUAAUGCUUUGUUAGCUGUUUAUAGACUCUUUGUCACUAUGUUAGUUUUAACCUGACAUAGUGACAGAAAGGGUGCUGGUGCUGAUAGUGCUCGAACAACUAAGCUCAAUUCUUGAAACAAAAUUCGUAUGAUUAGAAUUGAGUAACGACUAAAUGGGUGUGAAGAAAUUAACAAAACAGUCUUAACUUGAGAUUUUACUUGAGUAGAAUGAAGUGUUUUUGAUCCCCUUAACUAAGUAAAUAUCAUACCGUAUCGAGCGACUUGCUUAGCUUUCCUUUUUUUUCUCUUCACAGAUGAAAAAGUCAUUAUCUUGGUUUGCAAUGGGCAAUCAACAACAGAUACAUACAAUGAGUUUAUUGGGCAAAUCGAUAAACUAGAGAAAACGUUUGUUGUGAGAGUAAACAAUGGAAAGCUGAUGGUAGAUCCAGAAAUUUUGUACUAUGUUUUGAGUCCUCAAAUGCCAUGUUCUACGCCAAAUGCACAGUCUAUCUCUCAAGAACAGGAUUUAAACGCUUACUUGUUGUCCACAUAUUCAUACAAAGUAAGCGAAAACUAUCCUCAAAGGAAUUCCUCAGAAGGGAAAAGCAUUGAUGAGAUGAGUGCUCAAAAUAGUCAGCAGCUGGUCCUGGGGACACAGUUCUCAGAAAGACCCCCUCCUGUUGUUGUCCUAAGAAGUUUCGUUCGUCGCGGAGAGAUAUCUUAUCAGAAAGAGGACCAUCAAAUAGGGGACCCUGAAUUUCAAGUUCCUAGUGACAUCCAAGAGAGGCUGUUUCACAGUUUCUGGAACAAACCUCCAGUUGGAGUAAGAGUCAUUAAGCUCAGUAAUGGGUCAACUGAGUGUUACGUUGAUCACAAUUUGAAACAAUUUACGUUGGAUGAGGAAAUACAGCUUGAUACUGGAAAAAAGCUUUUAUUAAAAACUUGUGUUCGCAACGGAAAGGUAUCGUUUGAAGACAACGAUGUAAAGUAUAAAUAUAGAAAUAACUGUAUCCCUGAACACAUUAUCGAUGAUCUACAAAAGAGGAAGGCUGAUGGUGACUUGUACAUCAGUUUACAUGACUCAGGCAAAUUUGAAGCUAUUAUAAAAAGAAGAGGAAAAAUAGAGCAAGCUGCUAAUGCUGCUAAUGCUGCUAAUUCUGCUGCAAAGGCUAUCAAAGAAACAAAGGAAAAAGCACUAAAAGCAUCAAAAAAAGCAUUUGGGUUUCGUUCUCUGGGGCGUAAUUCAGAGAACUGA